ACACGCACACACCUGUCUGUCACGGCUGUGGCUUUAGUGGCUGGAGGCUUUUACUCAGCCUCAGUCCGCGGUGGGUCUCACACACGAGUCUUCCUCUGUACAUCAGGAAGACUUUCUGGCCCAGGUUCAUCCAGGGUUUACGCGCAGGGAAACAAAUUUCAACCUUUCAUUCGUGCUAAUUCCGAUGCUCGGAGAGUCUGCAGAACCCUUUUACGCACAGCCUGGCGCAACACGUGCAGCCUGAAAACGGAGAUCUCAGGAAGAUUUCGGACCUCUCAUCUUCAGGAAUCCCUCUCCUCCUCCGCGUCACCUCAUGCUCCAGGACCUGGCCCUUUGCCCCGACUCUGUUGACGUUUCCAUGGCAGCCCUGGCCUCUCUUUGGGCCGGUGACCCCUGCGACCUCGGAGACAGGCAGCACGAGCCGCUGUCUGUGUGGGAGUCGCAGUGUGUUGUCAACGGCUCUCCUCCUGCUGGUCUGAUGUGGACAGAGCAGCUCUCCCCUCACCUCCACAGAAACAAACAGCUGCAGGACACUCUGCUGCAGAGAGAGGAGGAGCUGGCCAGGCUUCAGGAGGAGAACAGCAAACUCAGACAGUUCCUCAACUCGUUCUUUGUCAGGAACCUGGAGGAAAAAGCCAAGAAGCUAACCGCUGAUGGGAGGAGGAAACUGAAGAGAAACCUGGCGUACAUCCAUGAUGAUCAUUUACAGAGCUGUGGCCAGCAGCCCGUGGCCUCCCAGCACGUCAGCAAGAGAGUCUGCAGGAACCUCACUGCCGAGUUCAGUUCUGAUUCCUGUGAGACAUCCGCCUUCUCUGAACCAAACCUGGAUCUCUGGGUUCUAAGAACACUGGGACUGAAGGACCGAGACACCAUCGAUACGUCCAACGAAUCCUCAUCCUCAUCUGGAUACAACCUUAGAAGUGUAGUUUAUGACACCGCAGGCUCCAUUUCUUGCGAAUAUACUCUCAGCUCCUCUUUCAGGCCUUCAGUUGCCACCUCUAUACCUUCCUCUGUCCACAGCUACUGCCAAAGUGCGACACAUCAGGCUGAGUAUAGGUACAAUUCUGUCCAAUGCCACGAGGCAAACUGUGGUAAUCCUGCCCAGUCACCUCAGGACUGCACAACCUCUCCAGGACAAUAUGAAGGUCCUGACACUGGAAUCAGGACCUACAACACUUUUCAAUCUGCACCAGUGACAAAAGAAGUGCCCCUAGCGCAGUCACCAGACAGUGCAGAGAUCUGUUCUAUCACUGCCUCGAGUCAAGCCCAAACUCUGCAGGGGAACCCAGGAGAACAGUCAGUGUACUGGUCUUCAGUGCAGGGUGGCCGGACACCAUCACAGGACACAAACCAGUUCAGUCCACCAAAAGAAAAAGUCAGUUUCUCUCCCAUUUCAUGUGCGAGUCCAGUCACAAAUCAACCCUGGACUCCUGUCAGAGCCUUGAAACUAAAGAGCCCGUCAAAUGGAGCUCAGCCUCCUGCCACACCUCAGACGCCUCACAGCCAGACAGACUUGGCAUUCAGUAUGUCCCUCAGCCCGUCCAGCCGCGUCAAGACCCACAGCUUCCCCCAGGGACAAGCCUUCAUCAGAAAGGACACUGAGGGAAGGUGGAACUUCACCUGGGUGCCCAGACAGGGGCCCUAAGCAGCCUGGCACCUUCCCUUCAAAGGGCAUUAAAAGCGCCUGAACAAGCCUCCAGGGCCAAACCUUUAGGGCAGUGCACUAGUGAUGAACUGGUCUCUGGUUUGUUAGACUUGGCUGUAGACCUGCAGUGUGGUACUUCUUAAACAAGAUUACAGAAAUAGCAAGAUAAGAGGCCAUAAAACAUGCAAGCAGCAGUUAAUUGAAUUGCCAGUGUAAAACUGCCUUAAAACAAUCUUCACCUUUGAUUUACAGGACAUGAACUCUGGGUAGAUGAAAAGACUGCCUGCCUUCUUUUUGUUGAAACCUUAAGCCAGUUCAUGCUUUCUGCUUCUACGGUGUGCCUUCACAGUCUUUGGUGUACAAAUUACUGAAUGAUACUGACGUCAAUAUGGAUCUUAUUUUUAUAUCAUGGAAGCUAAAGGUUUGCACUUUGUUUAACGUAACUCAGCGUACUGGAGAAUUUAGCAAUUCAAGUACUGGAUACAUGGAAAAGAUUACUUGUUAAACCUUUGGUACCACGAAACUAACCAACUCUGCCGAAAUGUUCUAAACCUCAUUCCGAACUAUAUGGAAUACGGUUCAGGUCUGACAUAAACAUUUGAGGUUUGUAUGCAGUUAAUUUAAAGAAAAACACACAAUGAGUGUAAGAUUAAAAUAACAGAACUGCCUAAACUGCCACCUAAAAUAAUGAUGAUGACACCUGUGCAGAUUUGUGUCCCUUGUUAUAUCAAAGACAAUGAAAAAAGGGAUUAGGAUACAAGAUGCUGCCACAGAAUGAUAGCUGCCUCGCAACAAAAACAAACUAGCUAAUACAGAUUAGGUGUCGCCUUAAGUGACAAAAAUUACAUUAGAUACAAAUACAGCGGCUGAAUAUUAAAGCUGUCACCAUCUUUACAAAAUGUCACUGCCGUUGUCGCUAACCCCGUUUACACACCACCACCUAAAUCUUAGAAAUGAAUCUGUAGCCUUUUUAGCAUUUAGCCGUCCACUCUGACUAGCUUGUUGAGCUACGAGGUAAACACCCUGUUGAAUUUCUCACAGAGCACAUGGUCUCUUCAGUGCAGCUUCUAUUUGUACCAGACAUGUAUGAAACACUUGAACUGGUCACCACGAAUUCACGCUGCCAUAUGUGGUUAGUGGACAUUUCACAUGAAAACAAGAGUUUCAGUGUCGUCACUGUCCUGUGAGAGGAAGAACCUCAGACAGGUCGACACUUCAUGAACCAGGAGAAACUGAUGCGUUUUCAGCUUUGUGAAAAUCUUAUAGAUAAUCCAACACGUUUUAAAUCAUUUCUUUUGUUUAUAAAGUAUGAGAAUUUUCUCAACUCAAUUAAUUUGAGAAAUUCCAAAUUGGCAAAUUUCAA